AUGAGGCUUUAUGCGACUCAGAUUCUAUUUUUAUCUAAACUUGCUUUUAUUUGUAACAUUAUACUUUCUCUAUGUGUAAGUCCCGUAAAUAACGGUGUAAAACUCAACUUCACACAUGUUUUAAGGAGAAGCAGCGUUGGAUUCAUUGUUAGUUCUAAUUCAACUCCCAAUUUAACACACUAUCAAACUCAAACUCUGAAUCGAGGUGGAUUUAAAUCGGUAAAGGAUGACACAUCUACACAUUUCAACCCUGUCUCGAAUGUGGAGUCUAUUAGGCCAAAUGAGGCAACUAAACUUGGCUCCAGAAAUAUAGCAUUUAAAGAAAUAUUUGGACCAUACGUUCAGUCGUACAAAUCAAUUUCAUCCAAUGUAAAGUCCAACGUCUUAAAAUUCACGAGGCUCGUCGCAACAAGUUCCGCAGACCUGCGCUUGAGGGUCAGCAGGUUGGUUGAAAGGGUUAAAUUAUCUAACACAUAUAAGAUCGCAUUAACUAAUUACCAUAAACUGAAUCAAAGAAUGACAAACAUGUCGGUCGUAGAGCAGUUUAGCCUGCUGCUGGUUGCCAACGCCUUGUACGUUUUCGUUUUACCAAGGUAUAACAUAGUGUUUCCAUUCCAACUCUUUCCCUCAGACUCUGGAUUAGGAGCUGAAAUAGGUCUGGAUACUCUGGUUUCAAUACCCUUUUUGUACUAUUUUUUGAAGGACUUGAAGAUCGAUGGUGGAAGAUUUAGGUUGACCAACGCUUCUCCAUUUAAAAUUUCCAUGGUUGUUUCAUCGCUCGUCGCCUCGUUCUUUUUGUCGUCAUACUUUGCUUCUAUCAUGGACAGCCUCGUUCUGUUUAUCUCGGCACUUAACUUUCCAGUAAGCCGUGAGAUGCUAAACGCUGUAUCCAUCAUUUCCGGGCACCUGUUCUGGAUGGCGGUUGGUUCAACUGUGCUCCACAAGUAUAUGUUUCCCCUGUUUGGGGGCGAGAACGCUUGGUACAAACUCGACUUGAAGAAAACUUGGGUUUACCAGGUACUGUCUGGCUAUUUUUCGUCGUGCCUCGUUUACAAGUUUGUCGACAACUUAUUUUUGUCAAUUGUCAACAACUUUAAUUUUAAACAGUCUGAAUCUUUAACGGAUCAGACAAUUUCAAAUGUGUGUGAAAGCAACGAGGUUCUUCCAAUCAUCAUUACUUCCAUUGCGCCCUGCCUCACUGCUCCCUGGUGGGAGGAGCUACUUUAUCGCGUUUUCACCUUUAGGAUAUUCAACAGCUUCCUUCCGAGCCUGGCUUCAUCUCUUGUAUCUUCAGUUUUGUUUUCUUUAAAUCAUCUCAGUAUGGGUUCUUUUUUUCAACUUUUUAGCCUCGGACUUUUGUGGUCUUUGAUUCACAACAAGGAGGACAACAUUUUCGUCACCUUUCUGAUUCACUGUCUUUGGAACUCAAGGAUAUUCUUAGGAUCACUCACUGGUCUUUAA